UUGAGCUCUGUAUUGAUUAGUCUGUCGAAAGCUGUCUCUUCAAUAUGAGGUUCCUACUACUAAGUGCUGCAGUUUUGCUCUUACAGGCUAAAGCGGCCGUAACAAAAGAAACUGAAUGUUUCCAUAACGGAAUCGGAAUAUUGAAGGCGUCCAGUCGAGAAAUUGAAAGGAUCUGUCCCGACAGACAGGAGUUAUAUGAAGAGAAUAUAGUUCUGACGGGCACCAUGGCGAAGUUAGAUAAACAGAAUAGGAUUUUGGAUGAAAAGUUAGAGGCGGCUCUGGCAGAAAUAUCCAAGCUUCGGGAAUCGCAACGCGUAAAAGAGGUUCCCAAAGAUUUACCCCCACUCAUCUAAAAACCUGUUCCACACAAGUAGCUACACCUGAUAGGCCAAUAAAACGCAAAUCGCUAUGGGAUUACCUUUAAA